GGGGUGUAUCCCUCUGGUUGGAAAGGAAGAGUGAUUUUGCCACAAAUGCAUUGCUAAGCAGGAAGACUCUCCCCUCACACUGCAGGACUGUUGGAGCUACUGGACAACUCUUUUCUUGCUUGUUCUCUCACACUUCCCACAAGAGUGUUAGAAGGCCCACGAAAAGGCAAAAGUGGAGUCUUUUCCUCUCUGUGUGGUUCUAGCAAGACUUCAAGGGCUGGAGAAACGUUUUGCUGGGAAUCCAUCUUCAAGAAAAGCCACUGCUAAACCGAGGCUGGCAGGUGCCAAGCGAGGAGUGGAAGUGAUGAAGGAACAAAAAUCAGCAGGCCCAGGGGUAGAAGUCAGAAUGGAUGUGGUUGGAAGAGCUGCCGGAGCAGCUCGGACGGAAUAUAUGACAGAGCAGCCUGGAUGGAGGGCAGUGCAGGAGGGAAAGGGGGAGCCAUCCAGGGGGAUGCAGCAGCGCUGGGAAGUCCAAUGGCAGGAGUUCCUGAAGACGCUGCAGCCCCCCCACAUGGGGUGGGGAAGCGCAGCGACGGCGGAGGUGGCCCCCUGGGAAGACGCCAAGGCCUUCCUGGCCUCCUUCGAGCAGGUGGCCAAGGCCUGCCGGUGGCCUAGGGCAGAGUGGGCGGCCCGGCUCCUGCCGGCACUGAGCGGCGUUGCCGAGCAGGCCUUCAGCAUCCUGGAAAGCAGGGAUCAGGAGGACUACGGGAAGGUGAAGGCGGCCAUCUUGCGAGGGGAUGCCCUGCGAAUGGAGAUGCAGCGCCAGCUCUUCCGGCAGUUCUGCUGCCAGGAGGUGGAGGACCCACGAAGAGUUUACAGCCAGCUCCAGGAGCUGUGCCAUCAGUGGCUGAAGCCAGAGCGGCACAGCAAGGAGCAGAUCCUGGAGCUGCUGAUCCUGGAGCAGUUCCUGGCCAUCCUGCCAUUGGAAAUCCAGAGCUGGAUCCGGGAAGGGGGCCCGGAGUCCUGUGCCCAAGCGGUGGCCCUGGUGGAGGAUUUCCUGAUGAACCAACGGGAGGCUGAAACAAGGAAAUGGCAGGGGCCACUGCAAGAGGUUUGCAUCGGCUCCCUAAGUAUGGAAGAAGAAUCCUUAGAUGCCACACAGGGACAAAACUACAAAGAAGCCAAGCAGAUGAGUGCUGGAGAGAUCAGCUUGCUGGGCAGCGGGAUCAAAUGUCCAAGCCACUCCAGUUUCCUGCUUCCUCGGGAAGGACAGGAAAUGGCCGAGGCUGGGCUGAGCGAGGGUCUGGUGAGCCUCAAGGAGACGGGGGCAGCUUUGCAUGUGGUCGAGCAAACUCUGAUGCAACCGGGACCCCGGACCAUGUUCUGGCAAGUCCUGCAGGAGGAGGAUGGGAAUGCAGAUUCUUUGGAGGGAUUCUUGACACCUAAGGCUGACCUCUCCUCCCAUUCCUCCAAAGAAGAAAUGUUCCAUUCCUUCCCGAUCGGUUGUGAACGACACCCAGGCCGAGAGUCAGGUGAUGGCCAGGGAAAUUUGCUCAAGGUGGAGAAUUCUCAGCAUGGAGAAGAUGAGCUGGAGGAAACACCUGGGGCAGCUCCCCCAGUGAGCCAUACAAAUGUUCCACUGACGGCUGAGAUACACGAGGAAAGAUGUGAUGGGAAGAGAAGCUGGAUCAAGAUGGAAGAUUCUCAGUGUGGAGGAAAAGAGCCAGAGGAGACCCCGAGGAUCCUACCACAGAUUAACCAGGGGAACAUUCCUGUGGCAGCUGAGAUGCCCAAGGAACGAUGUGACAGGAAGAGAAGUUGGAUCAAGAUGGAGAAGUACCAGCUGACAGAGACCUUGCCAGCGGAAACGCACAGGACAUUAGCCGAAAUAUCUCAGUGGAACUUUCCUGUGUCAACUGAAAAUCAUGAGCAACGAUGGGAAUCCAGAGCAGAACAGCUGGAGAAGCAGCUGCUGGUGGCAGGAGAGAAUGAAUCCAGCGAGUUCACCGAAGCUCUCACGGCCGCUGUUAGCAAAAGUUACACCAUGCAAACGGAGGGGGAAACGUUCUUGUUUUCCAAGCACAGCAGAAAAUGCCGCUACAAACCGGGGCAUGUUACAAUUCAUACCAGAGAGAUCCCAUAUAAAUCUUCUACUUCGGGAGAAAAUGUCCAGCAAAAGCGAUCCUUUGAUCAACAUCAUGGGGCACAGACAGGUGAGAAACAAUAUGAACUCUCCGAGUGCAGGAAAGACUUCCACCGGAGGGAGGAUUUGAUUAGCUAUCGGAAUAACCACACAGAAGAGGAAUCUUUUGGAUGUAAGGAGGAUGGGAAAAGUGCCAGUGGAAAGAGAGCAUUCAAACGAGAUCAAAGCAUUCAAACAGAGGGGAAGAGAUACCAGUGCACUCAGUGUGGCAAGUCCUUCAGACACAGACAAACACUGACGAAACACCAGAAAAUCCACACGGGAGAAAAGCUGCAUGAAUGCCUCGUGUGCGGGAAAGGAUUCACUUCUCGGGAGCCUUUACUGAGACAUCAGAGAAUCCACACAGGAGAGAAACCCUAUGAAUGUUCUCAGUGUGGGAAAUGCUUUAGACAAAGGGUACAUUUGAUGUGUCAUCACAAAACCCACACAGGAGAGAAACCAUUCACAUGUCCCGAAUGUGGGAGAAACUUCUCCCGGAGAGAUAAAUUGAUCAGACACCAGCGGAUUCACAGGCGUCAGCGGCCUUAUACACACCCAGAGUGUGGGAAGAGUUUUGAUCAGAUAGUGACGCUGGUCAAACAUCAGAGUAUCGAUGAAGGGCACUGAGAGACUGUACACUUCAGGAAUGUGUGAGUGUUGUAUAACUUCCAUUCCUUAAAGCGGUUUAGCAAGUCGUCAGUCAUUGCUACAGAUACACCAGAGGGGGAGCCCGACCCCCGGAUGAGCAUUUAGUACAACCUUUGACAUGCAAUAAAGGAUAUGCAUUACAUGGUGUUACACAAAGAGGUCUGUUUUAGCAUCCCCCUUUCCAAAGCACUAAAGGGGUACAAGAAUAAAAACCACCCGUAACUUCUGUGCUAAGAAUAAGAGGGAUAAAUCCUUCAAUGAAAACAG